AGUAAAACUUAGGCUUUGGAGUUUGUCAGCAAAACGCCGCCUGUAUGGAGUAGUCUUGGCUAGGCUAACGGUUAAGAAGAUCAAGGCAACUUUCUUGGUUUCUAAUAUGGGCGAAAAGGAUAACAACUCUUCUAGUUCCUCCAUUGAGUUUGACGAUGUCUUCCAGCUGGUCAACUCGUUUGGUAGAUACCAGAAAGCAGUUUAUUUUGGCUCUUGCAUUCUGGUUUUAUUGAUGGCAUUUCCGUUUGGUAUGCUAGUCUUUGGGUUUGCUGCCCCAUCCUUCCAAUGCAACACACCAAACAUAACAUGUCCCCAGAAAACGUGCUGUGACAACUGUACGUCAUACAGCUUCGAUAAGGCCUUCACCAGCACGGUUACAGAGUGGCAUCUUAUUUGUGGUCGUGCCAGUCUUAAUGCAGCGAUCCAGACAAGUAUGUAUGUUGGUAUGCUCUUUGGUGACUUAAUUUGUGGCAGAUUGUCCGACACCUUUGGAAGAAAAAAGUGUAUCUUUAUUUACAAUGGUAUCAUGGUUAUCUUUGGAUUUGCAUCCUCGUUCUCCAACAGUGUUCCCCUCAUGGCUGUCCUGUGGUUUGUAAUGGGUAUUGGUCUCACAGGACUCGUUAUAUCCCAAUAUAUCUACUUCAUGGAAAUAGUCGGUCCAAAGUAUCGUACGAUGGCUGGUAAUGUAUACGAGUUAUUUUGGGCUGUUGGAUUUUUCAUUUCUACACUGUUAGCUUAUUUCACAAGAGACUGGAGAAAUCUGUGUAUGAUAAGCACCGCACCUGGUGCUCUACUCUAUUUGUUCUGGAGGAUUUUUCCAGAAUCUCCUCGUUGGCUUGUUGCACAUGACCACCUAGAAGAAGCAAAUUUCAUUUUGCUGAAGUAUGGAGGCAGGAAGAACCAAGCCAUAGACGAAGAGCGCCUAAAGAAUGUCAUUGCAAGAGUUAGGCAAACGCAAAGAAAAAAAGUAUUUGACCUACAAAUAUUUUGUAGAACACCAAAAAUUCGCAAAUGGAGUGCGGCAUUGGGAUAUAACUGGUUUGCAUCAACGUUCCUAAACACCGCAUUAUUCCUUUACGUUUCCAAUCUGUCAGGAAAUAUCUACCUAAACUUCACGAUCCUUCAAGUUAUCACCGCACUGAAACAGCCAAUACUUUGGAUCGUGCUAAAAACGUUUGGUCGCCGUAUUCCUCACGCUAUGGUGAUGUUCCUCAUUGGAAUACUAUGUCUUCUUCUGCUUGCCAUACCUGAUAAAUACCACACGAUUAAAACAGGACUGUUCAUGACAGCAUCUGGAAUAACUUACUGUUUGUGGACUACAACAUUCAUGAUAACAUGUGAGAUUUAUCCAACAGUGGUCAGAAACACAGCUCAAGCUACAGGAUCAUGUAUAGGUCGUAUCGGUGCUAUAGCAGCUCCUUUUGUGGCUAUGCUGGGCCGAACCCCUGGGACUGGUUUGACAGUUCCGAUGGUUGUUUUUGCUGUCAUAUCUCUGACUGCUGGGGCCAUAUCCUUGUUUGUUCCCGAAACCCUUUUCACGCCCAUGCACCAGACAAUUGAGGAAGCGGAAGCUGCAACGGAUGACUAUGGGAUACCAUGUUGUGGGAAACCUGGUAACAAGUCAUCAAAAACUGAAGUUGGACUUCAACAAUCAUUGAUGGAUACACAACUGUAGGACAAAUAAAGCGUGUUUAAUAGCAAGCGACAUAAAAAAUAAACCUUGUUUUAAAGUA